ACAUGAUUCUUUACAAAAAUUUGUUUUUGAUUCGGAGAAAAAGAAUGGUACAGACCCGUUAAGCCGAACCAAACAGCGCCUUACCUGAAUUAGCAUGUUUGCUUCAACAACCAUGAACAUCCUCAAAAUUCAUGCUUAUCGUCUUCAACCCCCAAUUUCUCACCUUUCCCAUCCCACCUCCCCUGCAACAUACCAUAACUUCAUGCUCUCCCAUGUCUCAUCAACUUCAAUCCUUUCUUCCCGUCCCCGAUAUCCCAUCUCUAAAACCAAUGCUAGGGUUUCAGAAAUUGGAGCCCCAUUAUGGAUGCAGAAAGAUGACCAAGAAGAAGACACUGGUUCUUCUGAGGACUUGACUAUGAAUGGAGAGGCUUAUCAGAAGACUUUGAGGUUGGUGGAAUGUGCAAUGUUUGCCGCUCUUGGUGGGUUAGCCUACAUCUUAAGCAGCUCUCUUGCUAUUGAGAACUACUUUGGUUGUUUCUUUGCCUUGCCCAUAGUAUUCUCAUCCAUGAGAUGGGAUAUUGUUGCUGGCAGAAAGACUAUGGUUGCAACUGCUACACUGUUGCUCGUCUUGGCUGGCCCUAUAAAAGCAAUAACUUAUCUGCUAAUGCAUGGUUUUCUUGGUCUCACCAUGGGCUCUUUGUGGAGGUUAAAAGCGAGUUGGGGUGUUUCCGUAUUUGUGAGUGCAAUUGUUCGAGCUGCGGGUGCAAUGGGAUAUGUCGUAAUGUACUCUUUCUUAAUCAGGGAGAACAUUCUUGCUUUGCAUGCUUUUCUUGUAGAUCACUAUAAACAUUCAUGCCUCAGCCACAUUUAUCCUCUCAUCAUUAGGCUUUUUGGCAAUUCCUUCGAUGGAUGUAAUAUAUGCCAUUUUUGGGACCUUGCUUUUACUUAAUUGCUGUUUCUUUGUGUUCCUGCUACAUCUUCUAUAUGCUCUUUUCUUUACAAGGCUUGGAAUGAAGGCUUCCCUGAGAUUGCCAAAAUGGUUUGCUAAAGCCAUAUGACAGAUUAGGCACCCAUCAUUGUUUCUUAUUCAAUUUUAUAUGUACUUCCAUGAAGAACUAAAUCAUCUUUCUAUGUUAUUGAUAUUUCUAUUAUUAAAAUAGCAGCCAAUACUUUAGCGACUGGGAAAGUAUAGGUCACAUGAUGUACAUGCAUAUGCUUAAAUUUAUGUAUUUUGAUA